UUGUUGCUGAGAGAUUUUGGACGUAUAAGGUAUAUCCAGGAGAUGUGAAUUUCCAAGCAAAGAUGAUAUCUUUUAGUGGAUUAGGCAUUGGUUUAAGUUUGGUUUUUGGUUGUCUUCUAUUGGCUCUUGUUGCUGAGCUUUACUAUUUGCUUUGGUGGAAGAAGAGAAUUGCUAGCUCAGAAGUUGAAGAUGAUUACAGCGACUAUGCAAAGGAGCUUAUUGAACUUUUCUGCUGGAAGAAAUCUGCUUCUUUGCAUGCAGCCACCACUAACAACAACAACCAAGAUUUAGUUAAAGAUCAAGUUACCAAUGGUGCUGAGCCAGACCAGGAACUUGGCUCAAGCAAGGAUUUGCCGCUAAAGGGUUUUGGGGAAGAAGGUGUGGAAUCAGAGCUCAUGAGACUUCACAAUCUGGUAGGUCCACCGAGAUUUCUCUUCACAAUCAAGGAGGAAACCAAGGAAGAUUUGGAGUCAGAAGAUGGCAGGUCUAAAGGUGAUAGGAGCAGAAAAGGAUCAAGAACAAGGAGCUUGAGUGAUCUUAUACUAACUGUUGACACUCCUUUUCUUAGUCCUUUGGCUUCUCCAUCCUUGAAGGCAUCUUCCUUGAACCCCUUGGAUUCUUAUCAACGCCAAGGAUUCAACCCUCUCUUUCAAUCAUCGACAGAUGCAGAGUUAAAUAAGCUGCGAUCUUCACCUCCUCCAAAAUUGAAGUUCUUAAGGGCUGCAGAAGAGGAACUUUUAAGAAGAUUGAUGCUAGAAGCUGAGAAAAGGUUACAACAGGAUAAUGGUGGUUCCCUUCAAGAUUCUGGUCUUAAAGCUGUUAAUAGUACACAAUCUUAACAGAAGAGGCAGAGGGGUCUUUCCUUAAAUUCGUUGUUGGUAAGAACAGAAAACCUCUCCAAUAUUUACCACAAUACGCUCCAGGUUCUUCUCAGGUACUGCCAUUGACGGCUUCUCCUGCAAUAUUCAGACCUCUAGACAAAAAAGACAAUGUUCAUUAGGUUCCUGC